GAUGCCGUCACAUAGCUGUCAUAUGUGGCUCAUUCUGUGCUAUCACGCUUCUGUGAGGACUGUAGACCUGGAGGUAAGUAUGCUGUGUGGGUUUACACACGGAUAAAUUAAGGGCUCUCUUUUGAGUUUGUGGCCGAGACCAACGUCAGGGCUUCAUUUAGUACCGAGAGAGUGAUGGUUAUGUCGGUUUUUGUGGGCAGAGGGCGAAGUAGCGCUUCACAUCACACCGACCUUCACCUUCAUUAAUUUAGUGUGAACAUUUCCACGUCGAUAGCCUGCUUUCUCCUACUUUAAUGGAUGUAUUUUAUGGCAGUCAUUGAACAACAACUAGAUCACUUUACCUUAAAGGGAUAUUCCGGUGAAAAAUUAAUUUAGGGUACCCCACCCCCACCGAGAGAUGAAUGUUGCCGACCGCUUGCUUCUCUAGUAAUACCAACUUUAGUGACGACGGCACGAUAGCAAUACACAGCGGUCUGAGGAGCCAUAUACAAACUUCAACAUAAACACCACUCUAUAGCCACAUAGCCACAGUCCAUGACGGACUACAGCGGGGUGACACAGCUCAAGGAAUUAUGAAAAUUUUAUCUUAAAUUCUCACACUGUGUGCGGUUGUAUGUGUGUGUAUGUGAGGGUGGGUGUGUGUCUCUGUGUGUGUGGGUCCAUGGGUGGGUGGAAGGGUUGGGUUUUUGUCUUUAUUGUUGUUUUUAGCCUCUGUGAGGCACUUUGAAUUGCAUCUCCGGUUUGAAAAGUGCCAUAUAAAUAAAGUUUAAUUAAGGAAGAACAUUUAUGAUCAUAAAUCCCUGUAAUGUUGACCGUAAAAUGAUCAGAAAAUAAUUCAGAGGCCAUCAAAAAUAAUGAUGGCGAAAUCAUUAACAUAUAUUUCAUCAGUCUGCCUCUUGAAGUGAAGGAUGUCUGCGUGAAUAGUGUCUUUUUACUUGAAUAGCUUAUUCAUCGUGUUAAAUCAGGGAAUAAUAGAGGAUUAAAAAUCCAUAUACUCUGAAGCUACGGCGGCCCCGAAGCACCAAAACAACAGCAAAUACAAAGAGUCUAAACUAUAAUAAUUCAUAAAAAUGGCUAAUGACAAAAAACAACUACAAAACAUAUGAAAAAUAUAGUUCAUGAAAAUAUAGCAGAUAUAUGUAGUCAUUCUUUCGUGCAAGUGUGGUAUGAACAGCUCCCAUGACCAGGCCGAGCAUUGUCAGAUACUGGGCAGUAUUAUUUCUGCUCAAACUGUGCAGAGGACAGGUGAGGCAGGCUCACCAGCUGUCUUUUGCCACCUGAAGGAAAAGAGGCGUGUCUAAAGCUGCUGCAGUGUGUGAAAUUCACAGGAUGUGAGGCUACAGUAUCCCACUGAACACCUGCGCUACAUUUUUUCUGCUUGACUUCCAAGCUAAAGAGAUCCAUCAGCAUCCCACAUCUGAGAGUACCUGCUCUGCCACAGUGCACUGUUUCAUAUCAGGAAACCUGCCAGCCGUGGAUACACAUUGUGGGUUUGUAUUGAAGGCGGUGGUGCAAUAUGUAGCCAAAAUACAGCCUGUGGAAUAUGUUUACGAUAUCCACAAUGCUGGAUCAACAUCAGGCAUACUGUAGAUUUCUAGUGUCCUAACAGUGGUUUAAUAAUCCACAAGUACACAAAACUGUAACAGGUUAUUAUAGACAAAUUCACAUAACUCAGAAACGUGUCUCUAUCUGGCAAAAUAAGUGUGUUCAUACAUGUUCAGAUUGAAUUUAGAAAUGUUUUACUGUUUCAUACUGAACCACAUUCGAACAUGCAGUAUUUUUUGUACCUCCCCACAGGUAACAGUUAGAAAUGCACAUCAUACAAUGGCGGAUGUCAGUCAUGCCAAAGUACACUGAGAGCUGUUCACAACCACUGACUGUGAAAGACAGGCUUUAGCGAGUGUUUGAGUCUGUGGGCCUCCACACCUCGCGGUUUGUCUGUGCUUGUGUGUGUGCGCCGAGGUUCACUGACACAGUUCACACUAUAGAGCUGUGUCGCGAGGUGGGAGGUUUUCAGGCAAUAGAAAGGGAGCGGUUGGUUUCAUGUUGUUGUUUAAAGGGAGGUUCCCCUUCAGGAAUUCCCAUACAAACGUGCGUGGAAGACUGCGGACUUUGUUUUGGACUUUUAUUUUGGACUUUUAUUUUGUCCCGUAUGUGAAAGGAAAUAGUUUUGUGUGACUUCAUGUAAAGUUUUGCGAACAGUACGGGGCAUUUUCAUCGUCACGGUCACCUGUAAUUAGACUCAGAAAAGCUUCCUUUUUUACUUUUUGUCCUUGUUAUUGUCGGAGUCUAAGAUGCAGAAAUGAAAGUAAGAUAUAAUCAAGUUGAUCUGGCUGGUUUUAAGUUUCAUCUUUUGUUGUUUUGCGCCAAAUAAGCAUCAAAAAGUUGUCAGAGCAUCAAGAUAUGAUGUUGCUUUAAUCCCUUUGAAUAAGAUAUAGGCCCACCUCCUACUGGCUGAUUUGAGUUAUUACUUCAUUUUAAGUAAAUAACACAGAGGAGACUUCAGCUGAUUUCUGAACAGUUUCUGACUGAAAAUAAAUCAAAUCUACUCCCUCCAAAGUCAAAACUUUAUUAGCCUUUUUUUGUUGUUGUUGUUUUAAUCCUCUGACAGUCAUGGCUUUAAAUCAGCUGAACCUGCUGCGACCGCUGUUGUGCCAGACCUUAGUGCGACAGGUCCGGUCCCCCGUAGUGGCCUCACCAAGAGUCAUCGCCACCAGACUACCUCUGAAUCCAGGCACCUCCUGCUACCCACCUGCUGCUUGCUCCAGACUCUAUGCCACAAAGAAAUCUAAAGGUGAGACUGGAGUUCACCUGAGACUAACCUCUGCUGCUCUGUUGGCGUGAAUGUGUGUUACGUGAUUAGAUGUUAUUUGUCUGAGAUACGCGGCUCUAAUCUUUCUUCUCUGCUUCUCAUCAUGUAUUUGUCUCCGUAGCGAAGGCAAAAGGCCAGCCAGCGAAAGUGAAUAUUAAUUCGGCUCUGGUGGAAGACAUCAUCAGUCUGGAUGAAGUGGAGGCAGACAUGACGGCUGUUCUCAGCGCACUCAAAGAAGAUUUCACACGCAACCUCAGCAUCCGUACCUCACCGGGUAUUUAACUUAUCUCUUUUCCUUUCUCGGACCUGGUCACAUGAUGUUUGCCUGACUGUGUCUGCUAACUUUACUCUGUGUCCAUCAAACUCUGGUGUGUAAAACUCCAGUUUGACCAAUAUCAUAUUUUCAUAUAAUGAGAGUUUUUACUUAUUGUAUGUAACAUUUGUUAGUUUCAUGAAACUUCAGGAAAUACAAUACAUAAAAAAACAGCUGAUUUGAUAUGAAAACGAAUUUUAGUAAUUUGCUGUAGUACCACUUUGUCAGUGACAUUAGAAUUGGGCUGAUAUUUGAUCAUACUGCGUUCACGUGUCACUCUAAACACUCUUUAAAUUGUAUUUGUUCUUCCUAAUGUGGGUUAAAGCCAAUACUGUUACAGGUUAUUACACAGCUGUGCUUAAUUAUGGAUUUUGACUGUCCAAUAAUAAAUAAUCAUAUCAUGCAGGUUGGUAUCAGGGUAAGAAGACCCCUGCUCUCACACCAAAGAGGUUUCAUUUGGUUAUAACAACUUUUAAUUUAACAAAUAAACACUUUUAACAUGUUUUUGUUCAUAGAAAAAACAAAAGUUCCUCUUUAUUUGCAUGUAUCUGAGUGCUUAGAUGAAGCUAAACUGAAACCCUACCUUGACCCCCAGGUCGACCUCUGUUUCCUAAACUACAUCCAGGUCAUGACACUUUGCCUCUGGGUUCUAACAAACUGGAUCUGGGCUCAGAGGAGCCAGAGGUGAGGGUGUGUAAUGGAAGCUCCCAAAGGAGGCGGCAGCCGCUGGUUCAGACUUCAAACUUGAUCCUUCUCUGCCUCUUACCCUUCAGAUGAAAGUCGGCUUUCUCUGAUAUUUGACCUGCAGCAUGUGGACACUGUGUCUCACAUCAAACACAACUUUUAUAUUUGAUGGUUAAUACUUUAAAGUCUGUCUUACAAAUUUCUUCCAGCGUCUUCAUUCAUCAGUUUUGAUAUUUCCUCUAAUUUUUCAUCUUUAGCUUUUUUUGUCAUCAUUUGGCAAUUUGUAGUCUGAGUCAUUUUCUGCCUCCAGCCCCUCCUUAUUACUUACACUACUCUAAUUUUUUAUUAUUCCCAGCUUUUCUAUUCUGGCCUCUCUCUGUUUUAUACUAAUAUAUUCAAAUUUCUCACUAACCUACAGGGAGACAUUUGUUCACAUAGCCAUGAAGAGUACUCCCCUCUCUUUACUGUUUCUUUGGUCAUUUUUGUCUCCUUCCCUCUAUUCUGUCAUCCGCCCUCCUUUGUCCCCUCAUCCCUCCACCUCUCCUCCAGCCCCUCCACUCUCUUCUCUUCUGUCCAGCUGCACAGUAAUCCAGGGAGGCAGCAGGACUUAGAGCUGACAGGAGAGAUGAGAUGGUGGAAUGAAAUUACGUCAGCUGUCCGAAUGUGUGUGUGUGCGUUUGUUCCACCGACCCCUCAUCUGGCUCUCAUUAGGAUCAUGAGUACAUAUGUGUGUAAAUUUAGAAACACACACUAUAGAGUGAAUGCAUUUGUUUGUGGCAAAGGUAGAGCAGAGUAGAUGUAGAAAAAUGUGGUCGUUGUUUGGUCUACUGAGUCCUCGGUUAUGGAUAAUCUUGUCUUAAUGACGUGGCGAACUAAGACAUCAAAAACUGAAAAAAGAAAAAGGAGAAAAGAUGUUUAAAUGUUUUAUUAUAUCAAGAGCUUGUGCAAGUUGUUGACAGAUAUCAGCUACUCUCCCAGUUUUGAAAUCUUUUUUCCAAUCUGAAGGUCUCAGCAUGCCGAGUCCGUGUUUUGCAGAUCAGUAAUCUGAUUUUAUAAAAAACAGAAACCUUGCACACUGAAUAAAUGUAGUUUUAUAGUCACUGUAAGUUUAUAUAGUAAGAGACAAAACCGGGUCAUCAACCAUGAGAAUGGUGUAGUUUUUUCUUUUACUCAUCGAAAUGAGAAAAAGGAAACACAAGGCCAGUCCACUCCUAAAGAAGGAGAGUUUCAAAUAGAGGAGCUGCAGAGCUAUCCUGAUCUACCCCGGGUUUAUUUCAGGACGCAGUGGUCCACUUAGAAAGGUUUCUAGCGAUACCGGAACCACUAACCCUGUUCUUCUGCAAAGUAGUUGAUUCUGGUCAGUGGCUAGAAGUACAUUUGAGGAACACACACAUACUCUUGAUAUAAAUCCAUUAAGUGGCGUAGGAAACGUGUGCAUCAACACCUGAGUCAGUGGAUAUUCAGACCAGAUCAUUGUCAGUUGUUGUCCGGAUUUUCCCAGAAACCUUCCACAGCACACUGGGUGGAUGCAAAAAAUCUCCAAAAACCUGUUCACAAAAAAGUAAAGUCAGAUUGAAGUGUCAGAGUCGGUGCACCGCAGCAUUUUCAUAUAAAAAAAAUUGACCCCAAGUUUCAAGGCCUUCACUCUCACUCACAUGGAAACACCCCACAGUGUGAAACUCAUCCAGCCCCAAAGAAGACAGGUGAAACAGGGAUAAUACACACGGUGAACAUAGUGAGUCAUUUGGAGCACUUCCCUUAUUGUGGUUGAUACCAAAAUAGAGAUUAAAACACAUUAAAUGAUAGUCUCAGGUUAACCUGGGUCCCAGAAACAAAACUCAAACUUACUCUAAUGUUUCCCUGGGAAAGCUGUAUUUGUUUAUAAGUAUCUGUAUUUGAGCAGUUUCAUUAAAUCACUUGAAAAGGUGAUGAGAAAUCAGAGCUGGGAUAAUAUUUUGUCAUGUUUUGUGUAAGAACAUCAAAAGGAGGUGGACAUGGUCUGGUGCUGACAAGCCAGGGUAACAAUGUUUGAAGACAAGAAAAUGCAAAUCCGUGAUUUUACUUGUGUGGCCUGUUUGAUGAUACAAAUAUGGUAACACUUUACUUGACGCCUGUCUGUAUAAUGCAUUAUAACAUAUGUAUAAUGCAUAAUAAUCACGUUAUAGCACUGUAUAACUAUAGUUAUAAACACUCAUAAAUGAUCAUAAUGCUUUAUUGCAAUAAUCAUAACACAUUAUAAAGCAUUUUAUCAUGACUUACAAGGUCAGGUGUUAUAAUGUGUUAUGCUUAUUGUUAUAAAGCCUUAUGAUAAUGAGUGUUUAUAUCGAUAGUUAUACAAGUUUAUAAGCAAAUUAUAACACAUCAUAAAUAUAUGUAUAACACAUUAUCUAUGUGGGCAUUGCCAGUGAGUUGUUAACAGUUUUAACACAUUAAAAUACCUGACCUUUAAGUCAUGAUAAAAUGCUUUAUAAUGUGUUAUGAUUAUUGCUAUACAGCAUCGUAAAUAAUUUCUGAGUGUUUAUAACUAUAGUUAUACAGCACUAUAACGUGGUAAUAACACAUUAUAUAUCUAUUUAUAGUGUGUUAUAAAGUUGACGUCAAAUUAGGUGUUACCACAAAUAUUAACUAAAAAAUAAAAUCAUCCUGAGAUAAUAUAAAAGGAAAAGUUUAAAAGGUUACUCUUAUGAGUUUUGGUUACUUUAGCAUGAUAAGCAUUAAACACAAGGUUUACGUCAAUAUUACAAACACUUUCUGUCUAUUUGAGCUGUUUACCUUCUACCCCUUCCCAUCAUCCACCUCUGUAAUCACAGAAAAGUCUCUCUGUCUGUCUGCUCUUCUAAACUACAAGCAGAUGUUUAGGUGCUCAUUAUCAGGAUACAGGUAACAGAAAUCGACAGGCUGGCAGGAGAGGCAGAAAUCUGAACAGAAAUGUCCUGAAGAGUCAGAGACUCACAUCAGGACAAACCGAGCUGCACAAAAAGUUCUUUUUGUCACAUCCUACCAAACAUUCAUUUUCAUCUCUUCUUCUGUAUUUAAUACCAAACUGAAAGAUCCCUUUUUGGCCCUUGAAAUCAUAUGACAAAUUGAUCGUGCGGGGAAAAUUACACCAUUGGCUCACCUCCCCUUCACCCCCCCCUCCUAUCUUCCAUGCACACACACACACACACACACCGCCGGCGCAGCCCCCCCUGUGGGUGAGCAGGGAGCGGGUGAUGUAAGGCAGAGGUGGGGAAGAAGGAAACAACUGUGUCUGAAGUUAGCCAGAUGGAGGAGAGGGAGAGGGGUGGAUGGAUGGAUGGAUGGAGGGAGGGAGGGAGGCAGGGGACAGAAGUCAACUCAUGUUGGCAAAAGUAGCUUCACUUCUCUAAGUGUUGACAGUGAGGAGGGACAAUAGAUCAUGGAAAAUCUGAUUUUUUUCCCCCCUUAUUUUUAGCACUUGGUGGCUUCUGCUGCACAUUUACCCUUCAGUUUUUACAUUUUCUGUCUGAUUCAGUGAGUAACUGCCCGUGUUUUCCCCCCACGAGAGGAGGUCUACAUGAAAAGAGUGGUCCAAAACACGAAGAGCUACUGUAUCCCACCAACAACAGUUUUAAUUUUUUAUUCUUACAUUCACUUUACGGUAAAUACAUAGACACAUAAAGUUUGAAUAUCUAGAAAUGCUGUCAUCACGGUGUGUAUAUGAAGGGGAAUUGUGUGGACUGAAUUUCCUCUGGGAUGAAUUAAGUGUUUCUGAUUCUGGUUCUGAAAUACAGAAAAUGAAUAAAUGCAUGUAUCUGUGUUUGUUUAGGAGCUCUGGAUCACAUUGUGGUGACGACUCAAGACGGGAAGUUUCCUCUCAACCAGCUGGGUCAGAUCUCCAUGAAAACACCUCAGGUCAUUAUGGUCAACAUGAGCAGCUUCCCAGAGGUAAGAUGAUCACACACGUGUACACAUACAUACACACAUACACGUACAGAUUCUUCCGGUAUCUGUUUGUCUGCUGUGAACAAGCACACAGUAACUGAACGCUUUAAAAAAACAAUCCACAGCACAGACAGAUAGACCGACGGUGCUCACAGGAGGAAAAGUGAGCCAGACCAGAGCACUAAGCCCACAUCUCUGUGUAAAUGAAACCUGAGCCACUCCUCUCAGAUGCUAAUUGAUUGAUCACUCGCUGAGCCCUUUGUUCUUGGCUGAAAGAUAGCAACAUGAACUCUGUGUGUGCACGCUCUGAGAUGUGGUUAUGUCUGCGUGUGAGCUGUCAGAGUGAAGGAAAUUACCUCACUUUACCCUCAGGUUAGGAAGGAAUGGAUUAUUUUUCUUUUUUUGCUCCUUUUUCACUCCCUUUGCUCCUUCCUAGAUGAUACAACACCGUACUAAUCAGAGCUGCAGAAAGAAAUGUCGUCCAUGGGGGGAAGUCAUUUUAUUAGUGGUUGGACUCUGGUGGUCUGGAAAACUUAAAAAUGCUUAUUUUUAGCAUUUAACAGGAUAAUAUCAAGUCUGAUGGUCUUCAAGGACUUACUAGGCAUGGAACACAUUUACAGCUACAUAAUGCUUUUUAUACCUUGAUUUAGGUGAAUCACUCCAAGUAUUAUACAGCAGCAUACAGCUGUAGUUAAAGUAUGCUUUUGACAGGGUUUUGAAGGUUUUACAUCCAGUCAUAUAAGCAAGGUUUUUUUAAGUUACAUGCAUAAUUUGCAAAUCAGAAACUAAAAAAUUAAUCUUCUACUUACAAUAUUUACAACACAAACAUGCAAGUCAAAUAAAAGGAUUAAAUACCGUAAAUCAGGUUAGUUGAAUAACUUAAUUUAUUGUAAAAAUGUUAGGGAAAAUUUGAUCUGAUCAAAGCGGCAGUGAAAAUAAACCUCAUCCAGAAAAUAAACCAAAACCCCUCAAUUAAUCAACAUUAGUAAAUUAAGAAUUUAGGGUGAAGGUUUGAAGGAACCUCCUCCUCUUUUUAGAAUAAAAGCUGAGCCAGAAACCCUCUGAUCCACUGCUUUGGGAAGGAUUUUGGACUUGAGAAUAAAAAUCAGUUUCUCUUUAAAGCGUCCACAAAAAAGAGUUAACAGUGUGAUAUCUACUUUGGCUUCAUCUGUAUGUAGAAACGUUGUGAAUCUUCCUCAGAUAAAGCAUUGAGAUUCUGGUCCUUUGUUAAACGAUGGACUUCAUUUCACUUCUGUGGGUAAUGGUUUAAUGUCAAAUAGUUGUCCCCUUUGUUCAAGAGGAUACAGGAGGUUAGUACUAGUUUAAUCUUCACAUCAACUUUUGUGGCAGGAUGGCCAGGAUUGCUGUUCUUUAGCUAAUAUGUGACCUGUCAACAAACUUACUUUGACUUUUACUGCUGAAUAAGUCAUUUUGACCUAUACUGCAACCAGUCACCAGGGGGUGCUGUUCUCACAGUGGCUUCACCCAGCGAGGAGGCAGAGGACGUCCAUUCUGUUUACUGUCUAUGGGUUGUGCUCUAAAGCUGUAUGAUAUUCAGCUCUGAAUGACUAAGAUGACAUCCUGAUGUUAAGCAGUUACAAUGCAUAUACUUAGUCUUACAACUUUUUUAGAUUAGUGAUCAAUAGAGAUGCAUUCUUGUGUAUCAGUCCAUUCUGUUUACAGUCUAUGGGUUGUGCUCUGAAGCUGUAUGAUAUUAAGCUCUUAAUGACUAAGUGACUCUUUUCUCUAUGUUUGUCUUAUUUUUGCUGUAUUUUAUUUUCAUGUAGCACAUCUUGCAAACCUUAUAUAUAUAUUUGUUGCACUAACUUUCUCCUGCUCUAUGCACUAUGUCACAUCUGCCAACCUCACUGGACAAACAGUUAAUUUUAUUUUCCCAUUAUCAUAGAUUUGACUUCAUAUUAACAAUUAAUUAAAAAAAUUGAUACUUGGUAAAUGAGAAGAUACAAUAUAUCGCCAGGCAGAAUAUCGCGAUACUACACUGUAUCGAUUUUUUUUCUCCCACCCCUAAUGAUUGGACUGAUAGAGGAAAGAUUUUGUCAUCACUUAUUUGUUAAUAUAAAGCACAUGGUCCUAUAACAACAACAAGCAAAUGUUGCUUUUAUUGAUUUAUUAGCAAACCUUCACAUCCCAGAGGAGAAAAACAGGCGUAGUUACAGAAAGCUGAUAAGAAAUAUAAAGCACUGUUGACAUGUUAACACCCAAAGCCACUUUUUCUGAGUAGAGAUGACAUUUAAAGGUUGUUUAUUAUGCAUUAAAACCACCUGUCACCUACAACAGCAACAAAACUCACCGCUUUCCUCCCCCACCUCUUGUUCCCUCCCCUGUCACCUGUCCUCAGCCUGGCAUGUUUGGUUUCACUUCUUUGUCGUCUUUUGUUCCGAUGUUUCAAAACAACAUGCAAAUCAACAUAUUUAUCAGCCCCUCAAAUCUGGAAAUCCAGUUCUCCACCUGAAUCAAGCUGGGUGAUCUUUCAAUGAGUCUGUGUCUUUCCCAGAAAGUCCCACCACGGACCACACACUCUGACAGACACACUCAUGCACCUCUGCCCCGUCGUGCCCUCCGUUACCCGUGCCCCGCACGGAGGCGAGUCGUCAGUACCCAGAGCUAAUAGGCUUAUAAUGACGCCUAUCCAUUACCAGGCACUCCAGGGGCACUUCUAUUGUUUUCCAUUCAUUAAGAGCAGCCUGAGAGGCAACAGUGGGACCAGCAACUACCAGCACGCUCAGAGCAGAGGGCAGGUUAAUGUGUGUAUGUGCAUGUUAAGGCGACUCACCACUUUGUUCAUAAAGUGUUUUCUUCAGGAUCCACACGCACACAAACACACACCCAGACUCACACGCAUUUCCCCUUUGCUUUGAACCGAGCCGUCCAGCGUUUGAUGUAAAACUUUGCAGUAAUUUCUCUUCCUCCCCAACAUAUUACCCAGAACCUCACGUUGCUUUUUUUCAGGGAGAAAUUCCGCCUUGUUUUUUUCCUUAACCACCGGUGCAGUUGUCGGAGAGAAGGAAUGGUGAUGAAUUUGAUGCUGAGAACAAUCAAACAUAGGUAUUUGCUGAAUCUAUCACCCCACACUCAAAGGGAGCAACCAGAGGCCUGUGCACCGGAUGACUUUAACAAAAGGAAAGAAACCUCAUGAAUUCAUUUAAUACGCACAAAUAAAUUCCUUUAAUCUCGCUGCCAUACUCUGUUCCCCGGUGGAUAACGCCAGAAGGAGCUGUCAGGAAAGGGUAGAGAGGGGUUACAAAGAGGAAAUGUUCUUUUUUUUUCUGGCGUUGCACAUUAGCAGACUUAGUAAAGCUCAGCAGAGGGAGAUGUCAUGUGUUCACAGACUUAGUUAGAGGAGAAGGAACAUGACUUUCAUUUCUUUUCAUUUGCUUUUGAUUCAUCCCUCUAAAUGUAUCUGUAUGAACAGGUGAGAGUGCAAAGAUACCACCCUGCCAAUAAUCUGGUAUUACCCAGAGGUGGGGAAAGUCCUUAUGUUGCAAGUCCAAGUCGAGUCUCAAGUCUCAAGUCAAGUCCAAGUCCUUACCGUUUCUUUCAAGUCAAAAACAAGUCAUAUCAAAGUCAUAAACCAUUUGUUAUAUGUAAAGAUUUACAUAAAUCAUGAGCAUUUUUCACUAUUUGCAUUUAUUAUUAAACAAGGGUUCUUGUUUGUGUUAAGUUACAUAGUGCAGCUUUAACCAAACUAUUUUACAUGUCAUACAAAAAAUAAUCAGAUAAACUUCAAUAAUUGGAAACUUAGACAAUGUGCACAAAAAUAAGGAAGACUCAAAUACGAUUAAACAUUAAACUGAUACUCUAAUUCACUGUUCCAAAACAAAAGAGAGACACAAGGCAACACGUGGAAACAGGCGGGCAAUACUAGCAAGCGAUUUAUGUUCAGUCCUCCCGGUGUUGUCGUUAUGAGGGAGGCUAGAGUUUGAGACAGUGUUGCCAAGGAAACAGACCUCCAGAAACAAGCCAAAAACAAGCGAUUUUUUUGCGGGAAAUAAGCAGACUUGGCAACACAACACAGUGUUACCAACGGCAGUAAUUCCUGACUAUUAGUUGAUGCGACACUUUUUAAACGGUUUGCUGUAAGGCAUUAAGUGACUUGAAAAGACUUGACUUGACUUUUGACUAGUCACUGGGCUCAAGUCAAGUCAAGUCUCAAGUCUUUAGCAAUCAAGUCCCAAGCAAGUCCAAGUCAUUUCUUGAUCAUCAAGCAAGUCAAAAACGGGACUCAAGUCCAAGUCGAGUCUCAAGUCGAGUCGUCAAGCCCCCACCUCUGGUAUUAUCUGGGUGUUUUAUGACCGAAGACCAUAACUUCAUGUGUGUGUUUUGAAGAGAUCAAAUCCAGCAUUUACAAGAACAGCUGCAUCUCCAACCAUCGACACUGGACUGCUUGUUUCCUCAGAAAAACACACAAUGCUCUUAUUUUCAUUUCCCUCUGAUUAUCUUCAUCUUUUAAAAAGACAACAGAUGGUGUUGUUGCGAUAAAAAAUUGCAAUCUAUCCAACUUUCUCAAUAAGCCAUCCUAGAGACCAGCUGAGGUACAGAUGUUGACAAAUUGGUCCGUCUGAUAAAUAUGACAGAAUCUUUCCUUUCUUUUUGGUUCAUGUAAUUCAAAGAGCACAAACUUAGAUGAUCUCUUUCGCGCUGAUGUUUCUCUUAUAUCUUAUGUUAGAUCAGCUCUUCACCUGGUUGGAUUCACAUCAGUAUUUUUAUUCAGUCACACCACAUGCCAGUCAUACCACUACAUGUUUGGUUUAAAGGAAUUCUUAUUGUGUAUUAUCUGUAGCAUGAAGCCGGCCUUCAAAAUUAAACUACAUCUCAAUAAAAACACAAUUUUAUCCAAUCAGUGACUGAUGCUAACCGCGGCAAAGUAGGAAAAGUGAAGUGUUACCUGGGAUUAAUGAGGGCUGACUAAACACAGCUGUAGCAGUGGUGUGUUUUGUAACAUGAAAAUUACAACAGGAUCACAGAGGAGGACGUGUGGAAAAGUUCAGUUACUAGAUUUUACUUCUGCGUUAAACACUAUUCAUUAAACCAAUAAUGCCCCAAUCAUAUUUUGUUCUUACAAUAGUGGCACUUUUACUUUUUAAUCACUGUAUUUGAACUUCUACUCAUGUCAAACCGGCUCUCCAGCGUAUUUGUUGAACCCUGCAGAACAGAGACCUCACUUUCACCUCGCCAUUACCAGAGUGAACACAGUUAUACAAGUGUGUGUGUGUGUGUGUGUGUGUGUGUGUGUGUGUUACCUCAUCGCCUUUACAUAAUUUACUUUACUAUUGUCAUAGCAAAGAAAAUGAAUCAACUUGAGAAAAAAACGUUCCUAAAGAAGUGAAGUUUAGUAAAGUCUCAAAACCACAUGUGUUUGUGUGUUUGUGUGUGUGUAUCCAUGCAUCAUACACAAGCACAGGCAGACUCUCCUGUGAGGUCACCACGGGUCGACGCCCUGCCCUGCAACCUCUCAGUCCGCUCCCACAGGGCCGAGCGUUGACAGUGGCCCGAGGCACUUCCACACUACACCGGCUUCCCCAGACACACACACACACACACAAGUAUACACACAUGCCCACCCGAACGCAAACAUGCACACACACACUAGAUACACACCACAUCACCUUAAUGGUUGCCAGCUGGAGCUUCGCCACUACCUGCAGUUGUAACGCUGCUUUUCCAUUCACAUCAGUGUGUGUUUCUACGUGUGUGUGUUUGAGUUAGUGUGUCUUACAGCUUGUGUGUGUGUGUAUCUGUAUGUGCCCUCAGGCUACAGCUGCUGCCACCCAAGCCCUGAGAGAGAGUGGCAUGAACCUUAACCCUGACGUGGACGGGACAAUCAUCAGGAUACCAGUUCCCAAGUGAGUAUAUUUCUUAAACACACACACACACCACACCACAACACAACACACCCCAAAUCAGUCUGGAACUCCUGUUCUGUCCUACUUUAAGCACUUUAAUUUAAUUGUUUUUUAUAAUUCUGGUUUUUAUUUAUUUUUUUGCUCUUUAAUCUCCAUUUCGCAGUAGUAUUUACUCUGGGGCCCUGUAGUUCGAGUCUUCAUUUGUAAUCGGUUUAUAGUCCAAGUAGUGUUUACCAAACAUGUAUCAGUAGGCUUCUGAGUACGCAGUAACUGGGGCUACAAUGGAAAAUAAUCUGACUGCAAUUCAUUCGUUCAUCACCAUAAACAGUGCAACUUUGUCCUUGAAUUUUGUUAUUAUUAUUGUGAUGUGUACUGCUGACCUCUUGGCCAGGUCAUCCUUGUAAAAGAGAUCUCGAUUUCAAUGGGUUUUCAUACCUGGUUAAAAUAGAAAUAAAUUAAAUAAAAACUGUCAACUGCUCAGUGAUCGGACUUCCUAAAGUGCAUCAGAAAUGUUUCGCCAAAAAUCUGCAUCAUGUUGGUGUUAAGGCCAAUUUAAAGUUUGUCAACUGUGAGUAAAGAGCAAGAAAUCUACUUCCUCUUCAGCUUUGAAAUUAAAAGAGUAAAGGCUCAGGGGAACUUACUAUUUUCAUUGAAACCAGUUGCAAACACUGCGGUUUUUGACAUGGGUUGUAAAUCUGUAAACAGUGCAGAGAAUACUUGAAGGGGAGUCUUGUUUGGAGGUUGUUUUGGGCUGACAGUUGUCCAUCAGUCCUUAAGUCACAUGUGGUUCACUGCCAACGACGGCUGAUCAGUUCUGAAACCAAUGCUCUGCUGAUCUGUGAGGGUCACUUAAAGUUCAUUUAAAUUCAAUUUUCACUAAAUAUUCAUCAUCAGAAACAUAACAACUUACAUUACGUUCAAUACUGAGACUUAACCUUACAAUGAGCCUCAUUCAUGGUUUUGAAUUUCUGCCCUUUAAUAAAUCCACGAGUGUGAGUUCCAACUGACAGAUUUAUGGACUUUUAUUUGUAGCUACAGAGAGACCCCCAAUGUGAUGAUGUGAGGUUUGGGUCACCAUCUCUCUUUGAUUCUGUCCAAACCUCGCUCGCUCACUCUCUCUCUCUUUGUCUUUGCCAAGUCAAACACGCACAGAACUAUCCGUCACUCACUCACUAUCGCACUCUAUUUGUAUAUAUGAUUUUUUUUUUUUUUUUUUACAUAUACACACGUGCAUGUAAGUAUUUCUGCGUAAAUGCCAGCUUGUGUUUAUGUGUGUGUGCGUGCAUGUGUGUGUGUGGUUGUGCAUGGAGCAGCAGGUGUUAGUCUGGCAGAGGAGGGAGGCAAGAGUCAGACUGCUUUCCCCCUGCAAUCAGUCUCGGCACGCUCCGAGCCUCCAUUUGCAUUUCCAAAGAGAAGGCGCUCCUUGAUUGGCCCUGGAAUCAGUAAUUAGGCCGUAUUGUUUGUGGUAAAUAGACGCUGCACUUGGAUUGUUUGCAAAUAGUCCCCGAGGCAAAAAACAACUAAAAAAAAAGCCAAUUAAGGACCCAAAAAGGAAAGUGAAAUGGGAAGUAGGAUUUUCUGAGUGAUUAACAAAAUGCAAAGUGAAUGCAAAGUUGUUGGGAUGACGGAUGUUUCAGCUCUGGUCUGAGAUCUUGGGAAGUGAUUGUUGGUAGAUGGCUGAUACUGAAAUGAUUAGACUGCGGGCCUACGAGUACUUAACAGUCUCAUUUGCACAUGAGAGGACACGUUUUUUUUUUCUCAAUAAUUUUGCAAGUGCACAGUAAUGUGUUCCUCUGUUUAUUGCACACUACACACCAGCUUACUCAUUUCUGAAAAAUGUCUGUGGGCAGCCUGAAAAUUUUUUGAAAGUUAAGCCACAUUUCCUCAGAUGUCAAGUACAGUCUGAGUUUGUCCCUUGGAGUAAUAUCACACCUUAGUUUAUGGACAUCAGAUGAUGAGUAGAUGAUGUCUGCUGAUAUCCUCUAUCUGUUUCCUUUUAGAGUCACGCGGGAACACCGAGAGAAAAUCGCCAAGCUGGCAAAGCAGUUUAGCAACAAGGCUAAAGACUCCCUGAGGAAAGUGAGAUCGAACGCCAUCACGCAGACCAAAAAGGCGAAGGAAGGGCACUCAGAGGACACAAUACGACUAGUAGAAAAACAGGUAAGAGAGAGGGGGUCGUGAUAAUAUUGCUUUCUAAGAAUGACAAUGUCACACUGUCCCCAAGUACAACAUAAGUAGGAAUUCAUGUAUAACUGAGGUCGUAUUUUAUUUUUUUUAAUGAAUCACCUUUAACAGGAGCCUGUCAAACAAAACCAAAGUGGGAUUGAUUGAUUCUAACCCAAACCCUAACCCAGGCUACAAGUCACGAUAAGUCAAACAAAGAGACCGGACACCAAGAGUAGAGCCAAAGAGCUUAUGAAGGUAUUAGUCAUCCCGAUGUUUCCGGGCCUCAGGAAAAAAAAAGUCGCCAAUUUAAGAUUUAAAACAGGAAUUCAAAACAGAUUUAAGGAGAUUUUCUUUCCUUAUCAAAAGCAACACAAAAAACUGUGGUUCAUUCUCAUCUCACUUUACUCUUGUUUUCUUGUUUUCCUCCUGAAUAUUUAAAAGAAAAACAAAACGAAAAGGUUAAAGCUCCUGUGAGGAACUUUGUGUCAGUUUUGGCGCCCCCUGUGGACAAAGCAGUUUUUGCCUUCCUUGUCUUCUCCAUGUUUGAGUCGUAUCUUUUGACAAAAUCCUCAUCCUGCUGACUUUUAACAAUCAAAUACAUAAUUAACUGUGAAAGUUUGAUAUUGAAAGUCCAAAAACAGUUUUUACCUGAAGCGACUUCACUGUCACCUCCUCCCUUCCACCAGCAUUAAGCAUUAAAAUACUCAGUGGAAAAAAUGGUCAAUCUUGUUGUAAAUGGUCUGGUCUGUGUUUGUUGAUCAUAAAGACCUAUCAAUAUGAAUUUUGGCCAAUUUUCUAAAUCUAAAAAAAAAUUCCACACAGGAGCUUUAAGAGCUGCCAAGGUUUACUUCUACCAUCAUUGUGCUCAGUCUGGACAUGCAUCUGUAUCUAUGAGCAAAAUAUAAUUAAACCAUUUUCUCUCCGGAUCAAGCCAUGGUCCCUGUUGUGUAAUUGGGUUCACUCUACAUUUUCACUCAGUUUUUAUAGAUGUGAUGAUGUUUCAGUAAAGCUCUAUAGCCCAUGGAAAAAUGUGUAAUUAAAAGCAAAAACCUUCAUAUCCUCUCUGACGUAAUCCCAUAAUAUAAUCAUUUCACAUUCUCUCCUUAUUGAUCCAGGAAACCAAAGUAACCAAAAAACACAAUCUGAAAUCAUACUUGGGUGAAAUUCACGGUUACAUCUUCUCACAUUGUAGCUCUGUAACGUCAUUCUUUGCAGGAUGGAAAAAGGAGGAAGAGAAUUAUCUCAAAAAGUGUUUUUGUUUUGUUUUGUCUUUGUCUUCUUGCCUCCACAGAUUCAGCAGAUGUCGGACAAGAUCGCUGCAGAUAUCGACAAACAGCUCGCGAUUAAGACCAAGGAGCUGUUAGGAUAACUGUGAGGAUGCACAGAGAUGAACAAGUUUUAUUUUCAUGAUUUUUCCAUUUGGAGGACAGAGAUGGACAUAUUGGAAGCAGUGUUAAUAACAGACGGUGACUCCAUCACUUUGGGGAGGUGUCUUUUUCAAAAUCCUGCUCAGACUGAAAGCUUCACGCUGAGGAUGGAGUCUCAGUCCUGCUCGGUUUUUUGAUCUGAUUAAGAUCUUCCGUCUUCUGCUGGUCGAUAUCUGUUUUUAACCAUCGGUACAUAAACAGAAAUUGGCACGGAAACAACACCAACAACAACAGACCGCCUGCCACCACCCCCCCUCCACCCUUGUUGCUCUUCCUGUCUUCAAAUACACACCGAACGGGCUACAAAUGGACUUUUAAUGGGAUUUGCGGGCCUCCUCCUAAUCAAACCUCUUGCCACAAGGGCUGUCUGUUUAUAUAAAACAAGCGCUCCCGUCUGUGUGUAAACUGGCUGCGGGUUUGUCUAGGUGGCAAGAGCGCAAAAGAAUAUGUUCCAGAGUCACAGGAUGUCAUUAACGUGUUGCCAAACAUUUGUUUCACAUUGAUGCAAAGUCUGUUCAAAAAAGUAUGCACUUAAGGGGAAAAAGUUCUUUAAUUUCUGCCCUGUGUCUGCGAUUGAAAAUAUGGCUUCUAUCUCGGGAAAGAAACAUUAUUGAUGGACUCCAUUAAAGGAAAAAUGCUUUGUACCUUGUGCG